GUGAUUUCAACUGAGUGGCCUUUCUGUGAAACUAAACUACCAUCCACAUGCACACUGUGUCUGUUUUGCUUAUUAUAACAGUUAAUAUCAGUUGAAAAUGCUUGGAGGCUGUUUGUUGUGCACAGUUUGCACCCUGUUAAUGAUCCACAUUGAGGCUGUGGUGAAAUGCCAUAUGAUAAAUGAACAUGAUGCCCCCAUGGCUGCAGGAUCUCACCAGCGAAAUGCCUUCUAUGCUUUGCGAAGCUGCCACCAGAUCCUUUACGGCGACAGCGGCGAAUUCUUCUCACCUGACUACCUGUGCUCGAACCCCGCGGUCUGGUGCAACUGGACCAUCCAGGUGCAGCCUGGGAAACGUGUGCAGGUCUAUCUAGAGGACCUAACACCAGAGCACGUGUGCCACCUGAAGACCGAUCAGAUCCACCUGGAUGAGUCUCCGGUGUCAGCUGGAGAGAGCCGCAUCCUGGAGCACUGCUGGAGGAGUAGCAUGUACACAUCCAUCUCAAACACGGUGCAUGUGGUGCAGCUCAUCCGCCCAAACCCGAACCCACCACAUCGGGGGUUUUACGGGGCGUACCAGGCUUUUGGCCUGCCACAAACUCCAGAUCUAAAUGAGGACGUAUCGGAGGAAGAACAAGUCAAAGUGGAAGAAACGGAAGCCAAAGAUGCAGUGACAAAGAUCCCUAGACGGAAAAGCUUCUCAAAUGGACUAGAGGAAAAUGUUGACGAUGCUCAUGUUGAGCAUAUAGGAGUCGGCCACAGCAUCAGCCCUCAGCUGAAUGAGAUUCGUACACCCACUACAGGAUCUUUCAGAGAGAUCCGGAAGAUCAGAGGCGGAGCCAAGAACCAAGAAGUACCCUUUCAUGGUGCUUUACCUCAGGAUGACGUUGAUGAGUUGGUUUCAGUGCCGACAGGAAUACCAAACUGGAUAACAGUCGAGAAGUACACUCCGAUGUUGUUUGAUAAUGGGCCACAUGGCCCACACACUUUGGCUCCCACUUACACCACACACUCCUUCUCCUCAUCCACUGGUACCACACUGACACGGUAUACCAAAAAGAGAGCACCAAAAAGAAAACCGGUUCUCGCACAGUCAUCUACCACGACAGCUACUGUGAGCAAAAAUGAGGUUACACACUUCAGCCAAAUGGCCUCUCAAACGCCUGAUGAUCCAACUGACGCCAAGAUCACAGAGCCAUCAACUCCACUGGUUGAAGAUGUUGGUGCAGUUUCCAUGGAGAUGCUAAAGACUAACGGUGCCACAGCUUUGCAGGCUGCUUCUGAAGAGCAUGUUGGGGGUCUUGUGGAGAACAGGCCAAAUUCAAAAAAGAUGAAGCAAUCUCACGGAAUUAAAGACUUUCUGUUUUCCUACACAGAGAAAUCUCUUCCAGUCCAAAACUUCAGACUUGUGACUGAACCUCCACAUUUCCCAGGGGACUGCAGCAGGACUUCAGUCCCCACACUCCUUUAUGCCGUGUGUUUCCUGCUCUGCUUCCUUAUUGUGCUGCUGAUGGUGGCGUUGGGCGUGAUGUAUCGUCGUUACCGCCAUGGGACAUUCCUACCUCGCUGCCGGCACAGCAGCAGCUUCACGGGCAACGACAUCAACAACAAUCCUAACUCAGGAACAAGUGAUGAUGGAGGUACCUCCAGAUCCCCACCUCCUCCACCACCCCUCCGCCUGGCUGGUGCAGCCCACGACCUUCCCCUGCUCCGAUUCAGCCCUCUGGCGCCCCCUGAUGGAUUUGAGGGCAGACCGCAGAAGGAGAACGACGCACUUUGAACUUGACUGAAAUUGCAUUGAACUGCACUCCAAUCAUUUGGCAGCUGCACUUUUGAAGCAUCACAAUGUUGUUGUUUUUUUUUUAAAAUGUGUUUCCUUUGUUCAGUUUUUUAGUUCUGCUCCUCCACUGUGUAUUAUACAAAUCUAAUAUUAUAUGGAGUGUGUUUUGUUAUAGACUUUUCAUUUCUAUUUGACACAGCAUUAGGUUAAUCAUUAGUUUGCAAGUAUUUGCCUAAUUUUAUUCAUUAUGUUUGUUCAUAAUUUUUAUGUAUUUGAAUUGCUUGCAAAAAGUAUUGGACCUGCUUCUGUUGUCCUGUGUGUGCUUGUGCAGUCAGUGCCAACUUCCUUAAAGUACUAAGAUCAGGUGUAGUUUCUAAUGUUUCAGAGCCACCUGAUGCUGUCCAGGUAAACUGCAGUUGGAAUAAAAAAUAUGAUCAUGC